AACAUUGAUAGUAGGUUGUAUUUAAUUCAAAUUAUUAAUUAUUCUUACAUUUUCAUGUUUGUAGGAUGCGGUAUAGCAAUAUUCUGUUAUUAAGAAACAUAUACAAAAUUGAACUUGUGAGAAGAUUAAGCAAUAAUAUGGAUAGCACAAAGAGAGUAGCUAUAUGUCAGAUGACAUCUGUGGCAGAUAAGUCCACUAAUUUGCAAGUGGUCAGUCAAUUAAUUAGUGAUGCAGCCAAAGAAAAAGUACAGAUGCUAUUUUUCCCAGAAGCCUGUGAUUACAUAUGUGAUAACAAGAAAGAUGUGAUAGGACAAGCAGAGCCAAUACUGACAGGCAGUAUAGUAAACAGAUACAGAGAGUUGGCUGCUGAACAUAAUGUGUGGUUAUCUAUGGGUGGAGUACAUGAGAAGGAUGAAUCAGAACCUACAAAAAUGUUCAAUACACAUGUGAUAAUAGAUGACAAAGGUGAUAUAGUUCAGACAUACAGAAAACUCCAUCUCUUUGAUGUAGAAAUACCUGAAAAGAAUGUAAGACUGAAGGAAAGUGACUUUUCAAAUGCUGGUAAACAUAUUGUGACCCCAGUCGAGACCCCUGUGGGAAGAAUAGGCAUGGCAAUUUGUUACGACAUGCGAUUUCCUGAGCUCAGUACGUCAUUGAGCAUAAUGGGAGCUGAAAUACUCACCUUUCCUUCAGCCUUCACACAGGCGACGGGUGCAGCUCAUUGGCAUGUAUUACUCAGAUCGAGAGCCAUAGAGAAUCAGUGCUACGUCAUUGCAGCGGCUCAAACGGGCGAGCAUAAUGCUAAGCGGCGCUCGUACGGGCACGGGAUAUGUAUAGACCCGUGGGGAGAGGUGUUGGUCGAUUGCGGAGAGACCUCACCAACUUAUAAAAUUGCUGAGAUAUCGCCCCGCAAGUUAUCGGACGUUCGAAGGAACAUGCCUGUGUUUCAGCAUAGAAGACGUGACGUCUACUCUUUGUACACUCUAAGCCUCCGCAAAAACCUCUUACCGGCGCACGAUGAAACACCGAGGACUACUGAGAAACCAACCGACUGCACCACAGACGAGGAGUGUAAUGUGUUUGGCCACGUCCGAGUUCCGGACAGCUGUGUUUUCUUCAAGUCCAAAUUGACAUAUGCAUUUGUUAAUUUGAGAUGCGUGAUACCCGGCCACGUGCUGGUGGCCCCCAUACGCAUGGCAGAGAGGAACAAAGAUCUGACCGAUGAAGAGGCAGAAGACUUUUAUCGGACGGUCAGAAUCGUACAGAAGUUAAUGGAGAAGGUACACGAUACUGACUCAUGUACUGUGACCAUUCAAGACGGCCCUGAUGCUGGACAAACAGUUAAGCAUCUCCACUGCCACAUAAUGCCGAGAAAGAAAGGAGAUUUUAUAGAAAACGAUCUUAUAUAUUUGGAAUUGGCGAAGCAUGAUCAGUUCAAAAAAGGUCAUCCAGCGAAACCACCAAGAAGUAUAGAAGAAAUGAGGGCAGAAGCAGAAUUGUUGAGGAGCGAAUUGGAUAAAAUGCUCAAAUAAGAGAAAGUACUCAGUAGAAGAUAUUGUAUAUAUGUAUAGUAAGAAGAACAUAAACGCUCAGGUUUUAAUAACUACUUUAUUUAAUUAAGCACAUAACUGCGAUAGCACCUUCUUCAAACUAGAAUGAUCGGUACAAUUUUUAUAUCAGCAAAAUUAUUUUUGUUUCUUUUAUACGUAGGAAUUGUGCUUUCUUAUUCAUUUUUAUUAUAUUUCAUUACAAAUACUAAAAAGUCUAACAAAAAAUUAAUCUUAUAUAUAAAAUUCUCGUGUCACAGUUUUCGUUCCCAUACUCCUCCGAAACGGCUUGACCGAUUCUCAUGAAAUUUUGUGAGCGUAUUGAGUAGGUCUGAGAAUCCGCCAACAUCUAUUUUUCAUCCCCCUAAAUGUUAGGGGUAGUCCACCCCUAAAUUUUUUAUUUUUAUUUUAAGGCAAAACAACGUUUGCCGGGACAGCUAGUAA